AUGAAGAUCCCGAAUGUGUCAUACCUGGUAAAAAACGUGCUCGACGCGACAUUUUAUGUGCGGGAUGAAUACCGUGAACUCGAUGCAUUCGUGGAGGAGCAGAGACAAUCAGACAUCGCUAGGCGCAGUCGCCGCACGCCAAUUUUACUUACUGGACAACCUGGAAUAGGUAAGACUGUCUACUUGACGUACUGUCUCGUCAAUCGGCUCGCAGAAGGAAAGCCCACCGUGCUUUCCAAGUCGCGUUCAAUGCGUUUCGCCUUUCUCAGCUCUGGCGUUUACAGUAUUCCAUUCGAUUCCUUCGAUGAUUGGGUUAAUCCCGAGGUCUUCGCGGUUAUAAGGGGCGAUUUGGAUGGCCUUAGUCUCUUCGAUCUCAGUUCGGGUGAGAGUGUCAACAGUCUGGCGCCGCGAUGGAGAACCUUGGUAGUAUCGUCGCCCAAGCCACGAGAGGUGCGUAAAUGGGUAAAGGAAAAUCAUGUGAACAAGUUUUACAUGAAAACAUGGAAUUGGCAAGAAGUGUAUGUUUCUCGGUGA